AUGGGUAAUCCUCGUCAAGGCAACAAAAAAGUCUCCACUUGUGUUGGUUUUAAUACAGACAACAAAAUGAAGAAACUCGACUCAGAAGCUGAGAAGCGACUCAAAAAGGUGGAGAAAGAUUAUCUCCAUGCAAGCCAAAAGUAUAAAGAAGCAAGAUUACAGCGGUGGAACUUAAUUUUUGAGAGAGACCGGGCUAUCAAUCUCUGCUGCUCGGCUGAAAACUUCAUGAACUUCUGCAACCAACUGGUAGAGAGCUUACAAAAGAUUAUUGACAAGCUACCUACAGCAGAAACAAAGGAAACCAUCAAUCAUGUAAAUGUUAUCCCAAACAAACAAUAUAGUUAUGCUCUUAAUGAUGAACCAAUUCAUUCACUAAGGAUACGCUACUAUCAACGAAAAUUGCCAAGGGGUAGCAGCAGAAAAGCUGAAAAUGAUCUUCUUAAGGAGGUUAGAAAGAAGAAGAUGUGUAGAGACAAAGCUGUUUCAAACUUUGCAUCGGUCUGUAAUCCAACAUUUGAAGACAGUUUAAGAAAAUCUGUGGAGCAGGAGAUAGUUGUUAUAAAGAAGCUGAUAAGAGAGCUUCAAAAAGACUUUGAAGAAAAAGUGCAUAUGGAGCAAUAUGCAAUGAAUGUAUAUGCAUGUAUCGAACGAAAGGUGAAGCAUUUAGAGGUGAAAAAGGAACACCUCUUGGGGCAAAGGGAUAUCAUGAGGCUGAAUAUAUCAAGAUGUUGA